GGUCAAGCCCGUUGACCAUCUGCUCGGUGGUAUCGAUCCUGCUGGCACUGCUGGAUGAUCAUCAUGGCUUACAUUCUUCUUCGGAGCGCAUGAUCAUGACGUCAUGGUCCCUCUGACAUUAUUCCUGCUUUCUACACCACGGGCGCAGAACAUACAAAAUGCAGCACCUAAAUACAAACAUGACUCUUUCCUUGAGUCCUUCUUUGUAAGAAUCGGAUUACUCCAGCUUGAGCCGAGCUUCAAACAGCCCGAGCUAUCGAUUCAACAGGCCGACAAUUUGAUCUCCUCGAUAGAACCCAAUGAAAUCGAUUUGCUGAUGCUCCCCGAGAUGGCGUUCACCGGCUACAGUUUCACAUCGUUUGAGGAUGUUGUGCCGUUUGCCGAGUCCGAGGAUGGUAUAUCUAUAAAUUGGGCUAAAAAGACAGCUCAGAAGCUCAAUUGUCAUGUCAUGAUCGGCUUUCCUCAACGAAUCCAACGAGCGGGAGUGAGACAGGUUUACAACGCCUUAGGAAUAGUUUCCAAUCAGGGAGAAUUGAUAAAAGUUUAUCACAAGACUCAACUGUAUCCACCUGUCGAUGAUCUCUGGGCUAAACCUGGCGAAGGGUUUCUAGUCAUCGAUCUGAACAUUGCAAGAUUGAAUGGCGAGUCUGGUAAGCCGGUGAAAUGCUGUAUUGGGAUAUGUAUGGAUUUAAGUCCCGACCGAUUUGAAGCCCCAUUUGAUGCAUACGAACUUAGCUCGUUUGCAGUCACUCAUCAUGCCGAAAUAAUGUUAUGCGCCAUGGCCUGGCUAUCCGUCAGUCCAGUACCUGAUCCUUUCUACACAGAACAUGGUAAGAGUCUUGGAGAAACUCUGGAUACAAUGAAUUACUGGGCAACCCGUUGUAUACCCUUUUGGAAAUUGGGAAAUCGUGCGUUUGUUACUUGCAAUCGUGUUGGAAAAGAAGGCGAAACAAUCUUCACGGGCACUUCUUGUGCCAUUUCGAAUUCCCAUAUCUUCAAAAAUUCCCCGGAAGAUCACUCACCAACCAUCAUAAGUCAUGCUAGUAAACACAAGCCUGAAUUAUUGAUUGUGGAUGUACCUUUGCCUUAAAUUUAGUUUUUUUUUUUGUAUUUUGAUACAAUUUUUUUUGUAGGAGGGUGAGAACUUAUCUGACUCAUUUUCAUUUCUUGCAGAUUUAUUUGCAUUCUCAGAUUCACUGAUCCAAAAAAGUAUAUGUAAUGAGAUCUCCAAAUGAGAGCAAGCACUUACAGUUAAACCAUAAUUAGAUUGAAUUGAG